AUGACAUACCACCCUCUACACCCAAAUAUUUCAAGCCAAGACCCAAAAACAAAUACCUUUCAACCCCUCACCAAAGGCCUUCAAUUGAUGAUGAAGAUGGGAUAUAUCCCAGGCGAAGGUUUAGGUCGUGACGGCAAAGGCAUGAAACAUCCAAUCCCCAUUAUGGAGAAGCAAAAUCGCUAUGGUUUGGGGUAUGAUCCAAGCAAGGACCUCCACGUCAUUAAGAAACCAUCCCUCACAUUGAAUGGGCAAUUUGUAUUACAACACGAUACCGAGCCCUACUACGAAUUUCCUGAACCAUGGUAUGACCCAGUUAAGAAGCAGAGACUUCCAGGACUAGAAAUCUUCUUUGCUGAAGCUAGAGAUGAGGAAUUAAUCAAAAAAUGGUUAUACAAGGAACCUAAGCCUAAAGAGAACAUUGAUUAG